CAUGCUGACGUUAGCGAUACCAUGUUUGGCGAGAAGAUAUGUCAUGGGACUUCAUUCAGACGAGCAGUUGAGGAAGGACUUAUUGAUCCUAAGAAAGCAUUUCAAAUUGGACUAAGAGGAGGAGGCUAUAGCCCUGAUGAUUAUGACUGGCCACUAGAACAAGGUUUUCACAUGUUUCCAGCACAUGACUUAUGGUAUAAGUCCCUAUGUCCAUUGAUGGCUGAUAUCAGAAGGGAAUUAGGAUCAACUCAACCGGUUUACUUAACAUUUGAUAUUGAUGCUAUUGAUCCAAGCUACUGCCCAGGAACAGGUACUCCAGAGAUAGCAGGUUUGACAACGGCACAAGCUCUUGAGGUAAUUAGAGGUACAAGAGGUUUAAACAUAGUCUCAGCUGACGUUGUUGAGGUAAAUCCAUUAUAUGAUGUUAGUGGUGGUACUGCAAUCACAGCUGCUAAUUUGUUGUUUGAAAUAUUGUGCUCUCUUCCAGGUGUCAAGUAUAAACAGAGAUAGCAAGUAACUUUCAUUAAUUAUUUAAAAUUAUAUUUAUUUGUAUUAAUCAAUCUAUUUAUUACUUCACUAAAAA